GUGAAAAAGACAGAUCCACCUGUCAACACCUUAAAAAAAAAUCUAAUGAAAUCAUUUUCCAGUGAAACAUGCAGAGCCUGACAGUUAACCUGUCCAGGAAUCGGACAAGUGAAAUGCUUUAAUCGUCUAACUGUUGGAGAGAAACAUGGGGAAAAACCAUGUUGGCUCUAUAGAUCUGUUCCCCACUGUGUGUAAAUGUGCAUCACAUGUUGCUAAUAUAAUCGUUAUAGCCUGCAAGUUUAUUUCAUUUAUAUAUAUGGACAAGCAGCUAACUUGCCAUUACCAGAACAUGGCAUCCCUGAACAAGACCCUAUCGAGUCAAACCGACCUGAACUCCAGAAUAAAUGUGAGCCAAGUACGUUUCUGCAAAACCACGGAUAAGUUAAAACCUAAUUUCUCUUUAAGUUGAUAUUUUACACUUGUUUAGAUUCAAUUUUCUAUUUCUCCUUGUCACAAUGUUGUGCUGACUAGAGUCAAACUGUGGUGGUCUGCUUGUGAUAUUGUAAUAACGCCACCAUCAUCCCGACCUCCCGCUGUGAAAGUUAGCUAAUAAGCAUGUAUCGUGAACAUGAUAAGCAAUAUUUGUUACAAAUGUUAACCUCUGACGUAUCUGUAGUUUGCAGAAAUGUCAACUUCUAACAUUAUAUCCUAGGGGACUGUUGGGCCUUAGAAGGUAUGCAGACCAUUCUUAUUUUGAAAUGAAUUUGAAUCAUUGGAUAAUUAUAGCAUGUCAAAAUGUCUGGUCUUUACUUUGUUUCCACCAAAAAUGUAUUUACUGACUUUGCAGCAAUGUUGUCACAUGUUGUCAUGCUACAGGUUGCUAGUAAUUUUGUUUAAAUAUAUCAUUCUGUUUUUUAACUCUUACUCUUUGGAAUUAAUGGGCAAAACACAAAACACAAGGCAGAAAAACGCGUGAAAACAGGUGCAAUGAGGAGCCAAAAGCGUCUAUAAUGACGUUGUCUGAGUCACUGUCGUUUGCUGAAACGUGAACGCCUUGUUGGAGACCGGAAACAGCAACAUCACGACCGACAAACACGAGUCCUGCUACGAUAACACGCGGAACCUAAACAUAUAUGGACAUGAUGGUCAAACUGUACAACCCUCUGAGUGUGUCAGUCUCUGUCCUGUCAUCUCUGCACCAUGAUUAUUUCCAUACUAGCAACAUUCCUCAUGACACCAAUAGUUCCUCUUUUUGUCUGGCGCUGCAGUAUAUAAGCCCAAACCUCUCUGGUUCAUUCAUCCUUAGCCCUCCAGGAGUUGAGCUGUUGGUGGCUUAAUAACGAAGCAGUUUACAGCUGAGAUCCAGAGUCGAUUUUUGGAGCCAUGCAGCAUUUGAAGAUGUGGACGUGUCUCUCUGCCAGCCGCUGGAUUUGUCUGCUCACCCUGGCUGUGGUGAUGCUCGCCUCUGCAUCACAAGUGGAUUCCUCCAAUCCGAUCGUACGUUUACCCUGCUGUCUCAACGCCAGCUCCAGGAAGAUAGAGCGAGUCAAAGCGUGUUACGAGCAGAAACCACGAGAGGGCUGCCACCGCCACGCCUUCCUGAUCGUGACCAGGAGGAAUAAGCAGUGGUGCGUCAACCCGGAUGCUGCGUGGCUCAAAGACAAGAUAGAGACGGGAAAACUGAGCUGUCCUCCUGAUUUGACGCCGCUGAGUGGAGUCGACACGGCGUGAUGAAAAAAAAAAACAUCCCAGCGAAGCAGCUGCUCAGAAUGUUUUCUGCUGAUUUACUAUUUAUUCCUUUUACACACAUAUCUAUUUAAAAUUUAAGUUAUUUUUGUAUCAAAUUUUAUAAAGAUGACAGAAUUCUGUGGCAUUAUUUUGUAAAGCUGUCACAAACAGUUGGUCGUUUUGAACCUGGAACCAAAAAUAAAUCAUGUUGAAUGAAUUUACAGUGUGACUGACUCUUGUUUGUGUGACCGUAUGAAGUUUGAAUUUUGACAUGCAGUUCUGUGUGGAUCUUCUGUACUGACUCUGAAGUUUGGGAUAUGGGCCCAAAAAUAAUAUCAAGGUCUAUUUUAAUGGAACCACAACUAGAAAUGACCUCUAGACAACUGCUAGACUCAGGGGCCAUCCACAUGAAAACGCUUUUUUGUGUAAACAUGUCUUGCAUUGUUUUGGCCGAUUGUCCAAAUGGAUCCUGUAAAACCUGGUCUAAGGGUGAAAAAAUUGUAAAAACCGCCCUUGUGUUCUCGUUUGGAAAGCCAAUCCGCAUACUUUGAGUAUCAAUGACGCCAUCGCCCCACCCCUCGACCUCUAGCCUUCGACCUCUUAACCCCACGACGUCUCAUAACAACAACAACAACAACAACAACAGUGGCGGACUACAUGCUUGUGUUCAA